AUGUCAGCAUGUAUCAUCAACUAUUUCAGAUCUCCAGUGAAGUUUUCCUGGGCUUUGAGUAUGAAGAUGAAGCUUACGAUAACAGUCUUCACUUGCUUAGUACUUUGGUCGAUGGUGUUAGUAUCAUUCACGAACGUCUUCAAACACCAGCUUCUUGGUGUUACAAUAAACGGUUCAAAUGAAUCCGAAACACCGAGGGAUAGACUGUUAGGAGGGCUUUUAACCGCUGAUUUCGAUGAAGAUUCUUGCUUAAGUAGGUAUCAGUCUUCCUUGUAUCGCAAGUCUUCACCAUACAAGCCUUCUGAGUAUCUUGUCUCUAAGCUUAGAAACUAUGAGAUGCUUCACAAGCGUUGCGGUCCAGGCACAAAUGCUUACAAGGAAGCAGCAAAGAAUCUUGCUCAUGACGAUGAUGAGAAUUACGCAAACAAAUCCGUUGGUGAAUGCAGAUACAUUGUGUGGGUAGCUGUCUAUGGGCUUGGAAACAGAAUACUUACUCUUGCUUCUGUCUUCCUCUACGCUCUCUUGACAGAGAGAGUCGUUCUUGUUGACCAACGCAAGGAUAUUAAUGAUCUCUUCUGUGAACCAUUUCCGGCUACUUCUUGGCUACUUCCUCUGGACUUUCCACUGAUGAGUCAGAUAGAUAGCUACGACAAGGGAUAUGCUCGUUGUUAUGGAACUAUGUUGAAGAAUCAUUCCAUUAACUUGACUUCAAUCCCACGGCAUCUAUAUCUUCACAUCAUACAUGAUUCAAGGGAUGAGGAUAAGAUGUUCUUCUGCAAAAAGGAUCAAACACUAAUCGAUAAAGUCCCUUGGUUGAUUGUCAAAGCCAAUGUCUACUUUGUUCCAGCUCUGUGGUUGAAUCCAACUUUCCAAACCGAACUAAUCAAGCUCUUCCCGCAGAAAGAAACCGUCUUCUACCUCCUGGCUAGGUAUCUUUUUCACCCGACAAACCAAGUUUGGGGCAUGGUCACUAGAUCCUACGAUGCUUACUUAUCAAGAGCAGACGAGACACUUGGGAUCCAAGUUAGGGUUUUCAGCAGACGCGCUGGUUAUUUACAGCACGUCAUGGACCAGAUCGUAGCCUGUACACAAAGAGAGAAGCUUUUGCCUGAACUAGCUACACAAGAUGAAUCACAAGUCACUAGUAAUACAACGAAAGUCCCGAAACUUAAAGCUGUUCUGGUCACAUCUCUGUAUCCAGAGUACUCUGAUAACCUAAAGAAUAUGUAUUGGGAGCGACCAACUUCGACAGGAGACAUUGUAGAAGUUUAUCAACCAAGUGGAGAAAGGUUUCAGCAAACAGACAAGAAGCUCCACGACCAAAAGGCCCUCGCGGAGAUGUAUCUUCUGAGUUUAACUGAUAAGAUUGUGACAAGCGCAAGGUCUACGUUUGGAUAUGUUGCUCAUAGUCUUGGAGGGUUAAAGCCAUGGUUGCUUUAUCAGCCAGUGAGAGGCAAAACUCCUGAUCCGCCAUGUGUUCGUGCUACAUCUAUGGAGCCUUGUUUCCUUACUCCUCCGACUCAUGGAUGUGGAGCUAAAAAGAGAAAAGGCUCGGCGAAAAUCGUUCCUUUUGUGAGACAUUGUGAGGAUCUUCGGCAUGAUGGGCUUAAGCUAUUUGAUGAUACUAAAGAUGAGCUAUAG